UAAAAUUUAAUUAUUUAUAAACAAUGCCAUUAGUAUUAAAGUGCAUUUUUAUUUUCGGAUUGUGUUACUUAACUUUUAAAUAGCUUGUUUAUAUUGAAACGACUCUUGUAUAAAAGCAUGAAGGAGCGACGGCCGGACUCAAUACGAAAUUAAUUGUGUUUUAAAUCGCCUUGCAGGCAAAACUAUGUUAAAUAAUAAUGAUCACUCUAUGGACCAAAAUAAAGACAUAUACGGAUUAAAAUCGAAUUGCAUUGAUUUAAACGAAGUCGUUAAGUUCACCAGUGGCAAUGAAAAGAAAAAAGUUGCACGAAGGAGAUGGGGUAUACUAGCCAAGGCGUUGAAGAGUCCAAGCGGCAGCGAGCCGUCCAGUCCGACAGACGAGAUAUCGGUGCGUCGCAUAUCGUCCUUCAUGCUUUUGACGACGCAGCCGACACGCUGCGCACCACCAUCCGACCCCCGCGCCUCUAACGAGGCGUCGAAGCGCACCUGGUAUAGGUACCAAGUGCGCGUCCAAGACGACGAGGGAGAACGAGAGUGUUUCGUUCACGUGGGCCAUCGCAACCGCACCUUCUCCGCCGAGGAUCUGAUGGGCUUCAACAACACAGGCAACAUUUGUAUCUGGCCGUCCGAAGAGACGCUCAGCUACUACGUCUGCUCGAACCUGUCGCUGUUCAGGAACAAGUCCGUGCUGGAGUUGGGCGGCGGCAUGUCUUGUCUGGCCGGACUGUUCAUUGCGAAGUACGGACGGGCAAGGCAUGUUUUGGUCACGGACGGCAACAAGAUCUCGGUGGACAACGUGCAGGCCACGUUGGGCUGCAACGAGUUCGCCUGUCCGGUUCAAUGCAAGGUGUUGAAAUGGGGAGCCCACAGCAACACGGAGAAAUUCGACUGGAUUCUCUGCGCGGAUUGUCUGUUUUUCGACGACGCCCGGGCCGAUUUGAUUAGUUGCAUGUGGGAAUGUCUUGCGCAGACCGGUACUGCGCUGGUAAUGGCGCCCGAAAGGGGCGGCACCCUGAACAGCUUCAUCGAGCAGUCGCAGAAGUGUGGCUUUAAAUGCAGGAAGGUGGUGAAUUACAACAGCGUAGUCUGGGAGAAACACAUGUCUUUGUUAAAUAAUUGUGAUUAUAACGAUAAUAUCCACUACCCCAUACUGAUAGAGGUGACCAAAAUUUAAAGUGGCCUUAGACCUGUAUCACUUUUUAUUUGGCGAUUUGUUUCGCUUUAGGUUUAGGUUCGUGCAAACGUUCGGCGAUGAAAUUUAUGGACUCACACCCAGUAAAAACACUCCUAUUUCUUUAGUCAAUCAAUAAAAUAAAUCGAGUAUAUAACAUUUAACAGUGCUAUAUUUCACUAUUUCAAAUUGUAUAAUUGGAUCAGUAAAAACACUUCAUAUAAAUAAAUAUGUAACUCCUAAAAUAUU